GCGCGAUGCAUUGUGGGACAAAAAUAAAGUGCAAAAAAAUAUCUGAAGGGACAAAGAAGCAAGACGAAGCGGAACGGGCCUUAGUAAACUUUCUAACAAUUUCUAUCGGUUUCUAAGACUUUCUACAAUACGGGGGAACAUUACGCAGAACAUAUUCUGAAGCUCUAUCGGUGCGAUAAACUUGAAAAUUAACUGAGAAAUGGGACUUUAAUCGGCGAAAGAAAGCAGCCCCAAGCCUGCGAGCUCCACUGCUGUGAACCCUCAUCGCCCGUCUGCAGGAGGUGAAACGGACUCUUCGAUAUGGGCGUCAAAACAUUUACUCACAGUUCCCCCACCCACAGCCAGGAGAUGCUGGAGAAGCUCAACGCCUUGCGCAACGAGGGCCACUUCUGCGACGUGACCAUCCGCGUGCAGGACAAGAUCUUCAUGGCGCACAAGGUGGUGCUGGCCUGCUGCAGCGAGUUCCUGCGUGCCAAGUUGGCGGGGUUGCCAGACGGGACCGACAAGUUUGUGCUGGACUUGCACCACGUGACCGUGAGCGGCUUCACCCCCCUGCUGGAGUACGCCUACACCUCCACCCUCUCCAUCAGCACAGAGAACAUCAUCGAUGUUCUGGCGGCCGCCAGCUACAUGCAGAUGUUCGCCGUGGCCAGCACCUGCUCCGAGUUCAUGAAGUCCAGCAUCCUGUGGAACGCCGGGGCCUCUGCUGCAGCUCAAGAGAAGGUUCAGGAAACUGCGGGCCCCCCCGAUGGCCCCACGGGCCGCGCCCUGACGCCCCUGGAGGGCAGCCUGUCUCCGGUCUCGUCUGAGUGCAGCGUAGCGGAGCGGCCCGGCCCCCUCCUCCCGCUGGCAAGCGGGCGGGAGUCACGCCGCAAGAGGCGGAGUUUCGUUGUCAUGUCACCCGAGAGCCCGCUCAGCAAGUGCAGUGGCGGUGGGCGGGCGGGCUCCCCACAAGCUCCCAACCCCUUGCCCUCCUCCUUCGCUGAGACUGCCGUUCCUCCAGUUGACUCCUCCUCCCUGGCCUUCCCCUGGACCUUCCCCUUUGGGAUUGAUCGGCGCUUCCAGUCAGAGAAACCCGCCAAACUUCCCGGGAGCCCUCAUGGUGGCCUGGAGCAGGCUCGGCCCUCCGACGUGGCCCGAGGGCUGGCCGACUAUCUCGCCUGCGAGGGCCCAAAGGCAGUGGCGUCCCCGCUGGAGGCCGAGGAGGACGUGCGGGUGAAAGUGGAGCGGCUGAGCGAUGAGGAGGUGCACGAGGAGGCCUCUCAGGCUGUCAGCGCCUCCCAGAGCUCCCUUAGCGACCAACAGACCGUUCCUGGCAGCGAGCAAGUCCAGGAGGAGCUCCUAAUCAGUCCACAGUCCUCCUCCAUAGGUUCAAUUGAUGAAGGAGUUGCUGAAGGGUUGCCGUCAAUUCAGGGUACAUCCAAUUCUGCAGGCCACGCGGAAGACGAUGAGAGGUUGGAAAAUGUUCAGUACCCCUACCACCUUUAUAUAAGCCCCUCAGCAAGGCCUGGCACCAAUGGACCAGACAGGCCUUUUCAGUGUCCCACAUGUGGAGUCAGGUUCACACGCAUCCAGAACCUAAAGCAGCACAUGCUAAUCCACUCAGGCAUAAAACCCUUCCAGUGUGAUCGCUGUGGAAAAAAGUUCACACGGGCGUACUCCUUAAAGAUGCACCGGCUGAAGCACGAAGGUAAACGCUGUUUCCGGUGCCAGAUUUGUAGCGCCACUUUCACUUCCUUCGGUGAAUAUAAGCACCACAUGAGGGUCUCCCGCCACAUUAUCCGCAAGCCGCGGGUGUACGAGUGCAAAACGUGCGGCGCUAUGUUUACCAACUCCGGCAAUUUAAUCGUACACCUGAGGAGUCUGAACCAUGAGGCGUCAGAGCUAGCAAACUACUUCCAGAGCAGUGACUUCCUCGUGCCCGACUACCUGAGCCAGGUGCAGGAGGAGGCCCUGGGGCAUUACGACCUGGCGGAACACGGGUUCGAGAGCGCCGCCUCCGUCCAGAUGCCCGUCAUCUCCCAGGUCUCCUCCACCCAGAACUGCAGCGCCGCCUUCCCCCUCAGCCCCCCGGGGCCUCUGACGGACAGGGAGGAGGAGGAGGAGGAUGAGGCGGACGCAGAGGAAGCGGAGCAGGCGGGGACCCCAGAGCCAAAGAUCCAGCCCGGCGGCAGAUCUCUGGGCGCUCCUGAGGACAGACUCCCCCAGGAGGUGAAGGAGGAGCUGGCCUCCACCACGGUGGAGUGAGGACGUCCGCUCCCCCUCCGACCCCGCCCCUGCAACCCAAUGCCCUGCCACUGGAAAGUGCCUGAAGUCUCUUUAAUCUUCACAAGUACCGAGAAAACAAGAGGUCAAAACCCUCACUGACCGAAAACAAGUAUCUCUGUUCUGUUUCCUUGUGCCUGUUUCUGCUUGGUCCUGUGUGUGGAUUUUUUAAUUUUUAUUAUUUUGUUUUCUUCCUCUUUGUGUAUGACUGUUUUAAUAAGUGCUGUGGUGUACAUUAUUUUAAAGUGCCGUGGCUGCAAAACAGACUUGAUGUUGCAUUUUAAAAAAUUUAGCAGCUUGUAAUGAGGACUUGUGUGAAAACACUGUUGGAUAUUGUUGACAGUUGUGAAUUGUGUGUAUGUGUGCGCGUGUUUUCCCUAAGAAUAUGAACCACGUAUAAAUACUUAAACGAAACGUAAGUAUUUAAAUGGCGUUUUAAUGUGAUUUAACUUGAAAAUUGGCAUCAUGCUCUCAUCACAAGAAAACCGGAGUAUUGCGGUCCCCUCCUCUCAGACCUUCGAUGCCACGGGUGACGGGUGCCCGUGGUCCUAACUUGGCUCCUUCUCCGCAACUGUGCCGUUUUAAGGCAUGAGACCGGGGGGGGGGGGGGGGGUGGGUCGCGCAGUGUUUUCAAAGGCAUUUUGUGAGAUAUUGGGGUGUAGAGACUGCGUCCUGUGUGUCUAGUCCCUAGGCUCUAGUGUUAACGGCCGGGCGUGGUGUUGCUGUACUGAUGUGGCAUUGUUUGUGGCAUAAAUGGGGAAAUGUUGAACUGAGAUAUGUCUUAGAGAAAUGAAGACUGUUCAGCACAGCACCCUACUGGGUGAUUCUGCCUCCUACAGAACUCUGUGACAAGGUUAGAGUCUCAUCAGAGGAGAGAGGAUUGGCUAAUCGCAUUGCCAAUGGGAACAAAAUAACAUUUGAAGAUGUUGCAUCAUAUCAUUUUGAAGUUGUACCUUCUAGAACUUUAGUGCUUGGCCCACUGUGAACUUAUUUUAUGAAUAUCUGUGACUUCCUGUCACUCCUCCAUACCGAAAUGAAAUAUGCUGCAAUAUAUCGAAAUGAAAGGUAUUUGUCUGGAUAUUAUUUUGCAACACUCCAAAAUAUGUGGACAAACAUACAAAUUGCUGAAACUUUGGAUAGAUAUAUAAAAAAUAAACUGCUGUGAAAUAUAUUUAUCGCUGUAUUUUCACUAAAACCCACAUUUUCAGUAUAUCGCAGUAUAUACCAUUUGUACAAGAUUAUCUUUUUUUUAUUCAUUUACCAUCGUACUGAAGUUUGCACAUCACUGACAAGUUUUGUCAACCACUCAAAAGGUUGACUAAGGAGAGUGUAGCUGUUAUAUUGUGGAGGAUGAAACUGAAAGCAGUGACUGCCAGGUCAGUGUUGUAAAUGAGAAUUUGUUCUCAAUCACUUUUACCUGGUUAAAUAAAAAAAUAAAUAAAGCAUUUAUCAGCAACUAUUUUCAAGGGUUAAUGUUUGAGUGAUAAGGCCCUUAACUUGUGUGUGCGUGUGUGUGUGUGUGUGUGGACAGCAAGCUUAUUAUUAUGUACAAAUGGAAACAGACUUAUGUGUAACCCUCUAUCUGAACAAAUUCACGUACAUUUAAAACUAAUUUGAGCUAACGGUUAAAAAAGUGUCAAAAAAAGUUGGAUGGUUAAUUUCAGUGAUUUGUGUCAUACAGUAUACAGACUUGUUUUAGUUGGUUUUGAAGUGUGGUGUGGAAAUCCUAAUUGUACAGUCAUAAUUAAAGUAGCUCCGGGUAUAUUAAAUGUGCUCUAAUAUUUAUCAAAUCACAUUCAUCAAAAUAGAUGGGAAACACUAAAUGUAUAACCUAAACUUGUUUUCAGUUACGAAUAGCUUGUAGUAAGCAUUAAUUGUUUAGCCAGUUUAUUAACAACAAAAUAGCUUUGGCAUAUGGUCCAGUGAUGGCCUCUGGCAUUUGUUUUUUUAACUUCUAAUAAUAUUUAUUUGUUUUGUUGUAUGUUUCCUUACCCUAUCCUCCAGUGGUAAAGCAAAGUGUACAUGAAUUGUGGAGUGAAUGUAGUUUGACAUUUUAUAAUUAUUCAUGAUUAUACACUGGAGAGCAGAGGUUGCAUAAGUAGGGUUACUGAUAUCAGAAUGUGACUGAGAAAAACAUUUUUCCAAGUGAAAGACGUGUUUAUGACUCGCCACUCCUGCUUGUUUGUGAUUUAUUGAAAAAGUAUAUAUAUAUAUAUUCCAGAUGCUGAAAGUUACUGCAUUUUUAAGAAGUUUUUUUUCCUUCUCUUGAACAGUCUACGCUUGUUUUAUGACCGCUCUUUGCAGCUCUUAGUUGCACUUUCUAGUUUUAAAAAACUUGCCGUAGUGGAUCAACAUUCUCACCUCACGAAUGGGGUGGGAUUGCAGUUUAAGUGACUGAAGAACCCAGAAUCGACGCCCUUGUGCUCAUUGCCGUUACACUGAUGGCUUAGCUGUGCUUGAUAGUGUUCUAGAGCUGAUAGGUUCACGUUGACUAUGGGGUAAUAUAACCUAAACUUUUAUAUCACUCGAAAAGAUAUCACCCCUUGCUGGAAAAUCCUGUAAUAUUCCUUUUUUUAAGCAAACAAUUUGGCAUCCACUCUGAAUUAAAGAUCUGGUUUAUACAUAUAGUAAGGGAGCAAAGCACAAAGAGUACUGUACUUCUGUGUGAUAAGGGAAUUGCAAGAGGCAAUCUGCUGACAUUGUUUUCCAAAUUUAACCUUGCUGAUGUCAGGUGGUUAGGUGGUCUACAUAUAUAUAUAUAUAUAUAUAUAUAUAUAUAUAUAAUCUUAAUAAAAUGCUGCUGUACAGUCAUGAUAAUUCAAAAAAGUGGCCUAAAUAUUUCAGUAAAUUCAUUUAGACAUUUUUGUGCAAUAAAUUGAGAAGGGUUGUAAGGUUUGUUGCCAACCGACUUUUUGUAUGAAAGAGUGUUGUGUUAAUGUGGAGCUCUUGUGAUGUGACUGAGAAGGUAGACUGAAGAUCAGUUUCAGUUUUCUCAUCCUGUGAUAAUGAACCUUGUAGGCCAGUGGUUCUCAGCCCUAGUCCUGGAGUAGCCUUGUGUAUGCUAGUUUUCGUUACAACCAUGCUUCUGAUUAAUUUAGGCUGCUCCAAAUGUCUUUAAGUUGCAUCAUUUUGUGGGUUUUUUUGUUUGUUUGUUUGUUUGUUUUACAUAAUGCAGGUUUGUUCAUCACCAUUGCUUUGUCUUUGAAUUUUUAAGUUUCCGCAAAUGAUGUAGUUUCAGUGUCCAGGUGUCCACACGAAUAGCAUUUAGGACAUUAUUGAGUUCAGCUGUAUGUCUAUCAAUGACUCAGUACAAAAUGCAGUAUGACUCCUUUACUACAGUAGAGUUAAACUCAUUGUCUGAGAACUGAUCUGACUGAUUGAAGUUUUAAAAGUUUUGAAAGUUCAUUCUUUAUAACAGAAAUAUAAGUUUCUGAUAUAAUGUGGCAUUAAGAGGGUGAAUCACCCCUCAUUGGACAUUAUGUCUAUUUAAAAAAAUAUUUAACAGUACUUAACAGGAAUUGCAGAACAAUUAGUGGACAAGGGGGGCACUUCAGAACCAGGGUUGGGAACUACUGAUGUGGACUUCAAAAAGCCACUGAACUCCCUCAAAUUAUGACUCCUGCAUUCAGUUUCUCUUUGUGAAUUUGAGAGCAUGUGCAUACUGGCUUUCAACGUCUCUGUAGCCGCUACCUUGUUGAGGUCGAUGAGACUAUGCCAUCAUGCCUUGGGCCAUACAGUCAUUUUGACACUUUGUUUUUUCUCAUAAACCUGGUAUCUUUUGGCAUGAGGACAUGUUUUUCCACACCUUGCUACUGAUGUGGAAUGUUUUAAUAUGUUUCUUCUGGUAGUUUUGCAUUUUAUAUAUCAUACAGUUUCUGGUUCAUAGUGUUUAAUGGAGGGGUGUAGCUAUUUGUCACUAUAUAUAUUUUUGUGAGCUUUUUGUAUUUCAAUUACUGUUUGAUGAAUAUGUCCUUUUUUAAAAAAUUCUUAAUGUGAAUACCAGGAGACGGUCAAUGGAUUUUGAGCCUUAUAGUGUUCACUUUGUGACUAUGUCUGUAUUAUAUAUAUAUUGUAUAGUUUCAUUAAUCUAAAGCCUAGUUUUAUUAGUAUUGUGUGCCUUUUGAUAUUGAAUCUGUAGUUUAUUUAAAUGGUUUUAAACAUCCAAUGAUGGUUAUUACAUAAAAGAGUGGUCACAAUUUAAUUUGUAACAUAUUUGUUUUAUGAAGUACUGCAGCUAGAUUAUAAUACUCUUCAGAGAACAUUCACAAUUAGAAAAAACAGCGGAGUUGUUUUUCUUUAUAUUAUUGGAUGUUUUAAGCCAGGUUAUUGUGGUUUUGAGAUUGCAGAUAUGUUAACUGGGGAUUUUUGUUUUGUACAAACAACACAUUUAGAUUGUAAAUAAAAGACAAUGCAUCAAA